CGGUAUAAUGCGGAAAUCACAACACGUGUGAUUGUUAUGGUUGGAUACCGGUGUAGAUGUGUUGUGCAUGUAGAACUAUGUCAGACUCGGAGGAAAAGUCCCUGAAACAUUCUUCCAAUGUUCUGGAUCUGUUGGAAGGUGUUGAAGUGAUGUUGCUCGACAUUGAGGGAACAACAACCCCCAUUAGUUUUGUCAAGGACAUUCUCUUUGGGUAUGUGAGAGAGCAUCUAGAGGAGUAUCUUGAGGAGAAUUGGGAGAAGACGGAAUGUCAAGAUGAUGUAGCGGCACUUAGGGACCAGACUCUUCUCGAUAAGGAUCUUGAAGGAGCGGUAGCCAUCCCCGAGAAGGAACCAGAAGACUCCUCCUCUUCAUCAUCAGUAAGGAAAGCCGUCGUUGAUAACAUUCGAUGGCUGAUGGCAAAGGACAGGAAAGUGACUGCCCUGAAACAGUUCCAGGGUCAUAUGUGGAGGUCAGGAUACCAAGAGAAGAAGGUUGUUGGAGAACUUUUUAGCGACGUACUGCCAGUUAUUAAACAUUGGGCAUAUGAAGAGAAAAAGAUCUACAUCUACUCAUCAGGGAGUGUUGAGGCACAGAAACUUCUGUUUGGACAUACUGAACAUGGGAGCCUUCUUAAGUACUUCUCUGGUUACUUCGACACGAAGAUUGGAGCUAAAGUAGAGAAAGAAAGCUAUCAGAAAAUUGCCGAAGAAGUUGAAUGUGAUCCAUCAAAAAUUCUGUUCCUGAUGGACGCUACAAGAGAAGCAACUCCAGCUCACCAGGCAGGCUUCAAGACAACGAUCGUUGUACGAGACGGCAAUGCUCCAUUGACUGAAGAUGAAGCCAAGUCCUUCAAUCAAAUCAAAUCUUUUAGUGAGCUUCUACCAGAAGAAAAUGUACCAUCAAAAAAAUCUAGAAAGUUAUGAGAUCGCAAACUGCUUUCAUUAAGCUAGAUUUUCUACAAACAAUUCUAUGCCACAUAGUCACUGUAAAGUGUGUGAAAGAAAACGCUUCAUUGAUUAUGAAGUUUACAUACUGGUGCUCUUUCAAAGACACAACUUUUCUGAAAUAUAAAAAGAGAUGUUUUGGUAAUCUGUUCUGCGCCUUUCAAACCCUUCAGGAAAGUAGUAAAACAAAAAAAAUAAAGACCGCUUGGCCACACAGAUUUCAGAAUGGGAUAAAAUUACUCUUGAUGGUGCUACAGUGACCUGUUUCUGGGGAGGUGCCAUUUGCAAAAGUACAAGAAAAUAAUUAAUGUGUAUAGUGCUAAAUGUAUCACUAAAAUAAUGGUGCUGUUAAAGACACUGGA